UCUCCUCCCCAACCCCGUGGUAGAGGCCACUGCUACCCGGAAUGGGGGCUCACUCGGAGUUGCGAGGGGAGGUAAUUUACUCAGAACAAGGGGCCGCCUUUAGGAAGUAUAAAUAGUGAGACUUCAAGCACAGCGUCUCUAUCAGAUCUGAACUCUCCGCAGGAAGAAUUGUCAAAGAUCUUAACAUUGAACAAGCCCGCUCCGGCAGGGAAGCAUCAGUUCCCAUUUCCCUCCGGCGGCCCCCGCCCCUUCUCUCCUCCUCCUCCUCCUCCUCCCUCUCCUCCUCACCCUUCUUCCCCCUCCUCCUCUUCUUCCUCCUCCUCCUCUUCUUACUUCUUUCCUCCUUUACUUCUCCUCUUUCUUCUUUCUUCUCUUUUUCUUCUUCUUCCUCCUCCUCUUUCUCCUCCCCCACCUCCUGUCCCAUUGAUGUGUUAUUAUUGGGGGGGCUGGAGCAGUAAAAAAAGAAGAAGGAAAAAAAGAGCGGGGCUCGGCUGGCAGAGGUUGAGCGCCGGGCUGACGUGCGGAGGCGAUGGAAGAACUUACGGCGUUCGUCUCCAAGUCUUUUGACCAGAAAGUGAAGGAGAAGAAGGAGGCGAUCACGUACCGGGAGGUGCUGGAGAGCGGGCCGCUGCGCGGGGCCAAGGAGCCGACCGGCUGCGCCGAGGCGGGCCGAGACGACCGCAGCAGCCCGGCAGUCCGGGCGGCCGGCGGAGGCGGCGGCGGAGGAGGCGGAGGCGGAGGCGGAGGAGGCGGAGGAGGUGUAGGAGGAGGAGGAGCAGGCGGAGGAGCUGGAGGAGGGCGCUCUCCCGUCCGGGAGCUGGACAUGGGCGCCGCCGAGAGAAGCAGGGAGCCGGGCAGUCCGCGUCUGACGGAGGUGUCCCCGGAGCUGAAAGAUCGCAAAGAGGAUGCGAAAGGGAUGGAGGACGAAGGCCAGACCAAAAUCAAGCAGAGGCGAAGUCGGACCAAUUUCACCCUGGAACAACUCAAUGAGCUGGAAAGGCUUUUUGACGAGACCCACUAUCCUGACGCCUUCAUGCGAGAGGAACUGAGCCAGCGACUGGGCCUGUCAGAGGCCCGAGUGCAGGUUUGGUUUCAAAAUCGAAGAGCUAAAUGUAGAAAACAAGAAAAUCAACUCCAUAAAGGUGUUCUCAUAGGGGCUGCCAGCCAGUUUGAAGCUUGCAGAGUCGCACCCUAUGUCAACGUAGGUGCUUUAAGAAUGCCAUUUCAGCAGGAUAGUCAUUGCAACGUGACGCCCUUGUCCUUUCAGGUUCAGGCGCAGCUGCAGCUGGACAGCGCUGUGGCGCACGCGCACCACCACCUGCAUCCGCACCUGGCCGCGCACGCGCCCUACAUGAUGUUCCCAGCACCGCCCUUCGGACUGCCACUCGCCACGCUGGCCGCGGAUUCGGCUUCCGCCGCCUCGGUAGUGGCGGCCGCCGCAGCCGCCAAGACCACAAGCAAGAACUCCAGCAUCGCCGAUCUCAGACUGAAAGCCAAAAAGCACGCGGCAGCCCUGGGUCUGUGACGCCAACGCCAGCAACAGCGUCGCGCCCCCCCGCGGCAUUCAGCCUGCACGCCCUCCGCGCCCCGCUGCUUCUAGGUUACCCCUUUCAGACCUCGGGAGCCGGCCCUCUUUCCGCCUCACUGACCAUCCCUUCUCCCCUUUCGCAUCCUGGACUUGGAAAGCCGGACUUCACGCAGGACCAGGGAUCCCACGAGGCACACAGGCUCCGUGGCUCCUGCCCAUUUUCCUACCCGAGGGCGUAGAAUUCGGUUUUGUAGGAGCGGGUUUGGGGGAGUCUGAAGAGACUGGACAAGGGAGUGGUGCAACAGUGGACUCUUGCAUAGAAACAAAAUCUUGUUAACAGUGAAAAAAUGAGCAAACAAAAAAAAUUGAAAGACAAACCGGAGAGAAAAGGAGAAAGGGAACUUAUUGCUAUUUGGCAGAAGCUGAAACUGUAGAACCAAGGAGCAAAAACAAAUUUUAAAAUUAAAGUAUUUUAUACGUUUAAAAAUAUGGAAAAACAGCCCAGACGAAUCUCGAGAGAAUGUGGGGGAGUUACCAACUUAAAUAUGUGUGUUUUAAAAAAUGCGCUAAGAAGGCAAAGCAGAAAGAAGAGGUAUACUUAUUUAAAAAGCCAAGAUGAAAAAAGUGCGCAGCUGGGAAGUUCACAGGUUUUGAAACUGACCUUUUUCUGCGAAGUUCACGUUAAUACGAGAAAUUUGAUAAGAGAGGCGGGCCUCCUUUUACGUUGAAUCAGAUGCUUUGAGUUUAAACCCACCAUGUAUGGAAGAGCAAGAAAAGAGAAAAUAUUAAAACGAAGAGAGAGAAAAAAUAAUAUUAACACAAAAAAUAUGCCACAGACAAUGAUUUCUCUGAGAAACUAUUAUGGCAAAACUGUCCGGACUACUGACAGUAAAUUCCGGUUUGCAUGUUA